AUUCUCUUCUAACUCAAUAUUGUCUACAAAAAUUAUAAAAAAAAAAUAAAAUAAAAUAAAAUAAAAUUUGUAAAUAUUUAAUUCUACAAUCUCGAUUUUACACAAGGAUCAAUCUGAAUAUUGGUCAAGCAAAACGUAAUUUUUUUGUACAGCAAAUUAAAUCGUAAGAAAGCGCAGGAAAACCGUUAAAUCUUGAGUCAAACAACUAGACCAACCAAAUCCAAUUAGAGUCGAGUUGGAAAAGUCAACAAAUGCAAGAAAAAUAAGAUAAAGAGCUUGCAAACGAGCUAAAAUUAGGGGAGUUAGGGAAUAAUAGAAAUAGAGAUAGAGAGAUAAAGAGAGUAAGGGAAAGAGAGAGCACCAGAGGAUCGUUUUAUCAAUUCGCAUGCGCCAAUGAAAACGUCGCAUCCUUCACACGCGUCCGAUUUCGUCAUCGACAACGCCGUCGUUGCCGCUCCCAGUUCCGCUACCGGUUCCGGCUCGGCAACAACAGAACCAGAGCAGAUCUAUAGGCCACGUCUCAGCACCUAUGCAGCAGCAGCAGCACCAGCAUCAGUAGCCCCUGCGCAUGGGCUGGACGUUAAGCCAACCGUCGAACAGAUCAGCAUUGGCAUCAGCUGCGAUCUGAAGCCCAUUGUCUAUCUAGACGCGGAGACACGGCAGCCGCGACAGCGCAGCGUCAUCAUCAAGCAGCACUCACAGCAUAAUCAACAUCAUCAGCAACAUCAUCAACAGCAGCAGCAACAUCAUUAUCAACAAGAACAGCAGCAGAAAGCGUUGUCCAAGUCAGCAGCAGCGGCCAACAGCAAGCGAAAGCGCGAAACAGAUUGCGAUUGCGGCUGCGUGGACUCGUACAACGCCGCUCAUAAUAUUGUGAGCAAUAGCAGCAGCAGCAGCGGCGGAGGCGUCAACGGCAACGGCAACAGCAGUGGCAGCAGCAGCCUCAAAACGGCGCACGCUAAGGUUGCCACAUCGGGGGGCCAUGCCAAUACGCAGCCCCCCAGCAAGCGCUCCAGCAGCGGAGCCGAUGGCGACUAUCAACUGGUGCAGCACGAAGUGCUCUACUCGCUGUCUGCGGAAUAUGAGGUCCUGGAAUUUCUGGGUCGCGGCACCUUUGGCCAGGUGGUCAAGUGCUGGAAGCGCGGCACUUCCGAAAUCGUCGCUAUCAAAAUCUUAAAGAAUCAUCCAUCGUACGCGCGUCAAGGCCAGAUUGAGGUCUCGAUACUGUCGCGGCUCAGCCAGGAGAAUGCGGAUGAGUUCAAUUUUGUGCGCGCUUUCGAGUGCUUUCAGCAUAAGAAUCACACCUGCCUGGUCUUCGAGAUGCUCGAACAGAAUCUUUACGACUUUCUCAAGCAAAACAAGUUCUCGCCGCUGCCCUUGAAGUACAUACGACCCAUACUGGAGCAGGUGUUAACUGCCCUGUUGAAGCUGAAGCAAUUGGGUCUGAUUCACGCCGAUUUGAAGCCGGAGAACAUAAUGCUUGUGGACCCAGUGCGUCAGCCGUAUCGCGUAAAGGUCAUUGAUUUUGGAAGUGCCUCGCAUGUGAGCAAGACCGUUUGCAACACAUAUUUGCAGUCGCGCUAUUAUCGGGCACCAGAAAUUAUCUUGGGUCUGCCGUUCUGCGAGGCCAUCGAUAUGUGGUCGCUGGGCUGUGUGGUUGCUGAGCUCUUUCUGGGCUGGCCACUGUAUCCGGGCAGCUCUGAGUUUGAUCAGAUCCGCUACAUAUCGCAAACACAGGGCCUGCCCACGGAGCACAUGCUGAACAGCGCCUCGAAGACGUCGAAGUUCUUCUAUCGAGACGUGGACUCCACGUAUCCAUUUUGGCGCUUGAAGACCACCGAGGAGCAUGAGGCGGAAACGAAUACGAAGAGCAAGGAGGCGCGCAAGUAUAUUUUCAAUUGCCUGGACGACAUUGGGCAGGUGAAUGUGCCCACGGACCUGGAGGGCGGGCAGCUGCUGGCCGAGAAGACGGACCGUCGUGAAUUCAUUGAUCUACUCAAGCGCAUGCUAACCAUUGAUCAGGAACGACGGCUCACGCCAACGGAGGCGCUGAAUCACAGCUUCACGCGGCUCACCCACCUGGUGGAUUAUGUCUAUUGCAACAAUGUUAAGGCCUCGGUGCAAAUGAUGGAGGUGUGCCGACGUGGCGAUUUCCAUACCGUACAACCUGCUCCCACGUUGGUGACCAACUUUGUGCCCAGCAGCACGGAGAACAUGACCUUCACCAUCAACAAUCAGCUGACCAGCCAGGUGCAGCGCCUAGUGCGCGAUGGCCGCCCACUGGCCUACGAGGGCCUCUAUCAGAUCUAUGGCGGUCGCAAUGUGGCACGACAGUAUCCACAGGCGCGCACCGAUACGUUCCAGCAUCAGCUGGUGUCCAACAUUCUCUGUCCGCCCUCGUAUCAGGCCAUGCCCAGUCCCACCAAGCAUGUCGUUGUGGGCAGUGCCACGAUGCAGCCGCCGUUGCAGGUGCCGCCGCAGCAAUAUGUCAAUGUGCCCGUGCCCGUGUCCAUGGUGGAGCCCAGCUCCGGGCAGCGCAUGCUGCUCACCAAUCGUGUGCAGGCCAGCGGCGUGGCCUGGCCGCAAACUGGUCGGCAGAUGGCUCUGGUGCCAUCCUGGCCGCAGCAGGCGCCGGCGCAUUCGCUGAUCGUCGACUCGACGUCGCUUUUCAAUGUGGAAGAGAUCUAUCCAAAACAUCAUCUCAACUUGCCGCGCAACGAUCUCAAGAAGGAGUCGCCGGCCCAUCAUCUAGCCAAGGGCAGCUCAUAUCGUGUGCCGCGUCACGAGAAGAAGGAGCAUCAGCAGCUGUCGCCAGUGAAGAAGCGCGUCAAGGAGAGCUCGCCGCCGCAUCAGCAGCGCUAUCAGCGCGCCACACACGUUUCGCCGCAGUACCACGCCCAUCACAAUUGCAACUACGGCGGUGGAGGAGGAGGAGGCUAUGGCGCAGGCGCCGCUGGCGCCGUCGUCGCGAGCUCUGCCUCAUCAGCGAGCAACAUUAUCAAUGCCAGUGGCAGCAGCUCAUCGAGCUCGCAUCAUCAUGCACCGGUGGCGCAUGCUCCGCACGGCAGCAGCAGCGCCUACAACAGCGCCGGCCAUCAUAUUGUGGUUAGCAAUUGCAGUGGCAAUGGCGGUGGCUCGGCCGUCAGUUAUCAUGGCAGCAGCCAGCCGCCGUUGCAUGCGCAUCAGCAGCCGCACGUGAAGCAGCCAACGAUCACCAUUCAUGACACGCCCUCGCCGACAGCUGUCGUGGGCGAUGUAAUCACCAUUUCGGACAGCGAGGAUGAGGGAGCCGAUGCAGCUGUGCAGCCAGUCAAGCAGCGUGCACACGCGCAGUCGCAGACGAGCAGCAGCCUAAUGCAGCAGCAGCAGCAGCACCAGCAUCCACAUCAGCAGCAUCCACAACAACAGCAACAUCAACAGCAGCAGCAGCAGCAGCAGCCACAGCAGCACUCGAGCAAUUCGCAUUGCCGCAGCAGUGGCGGACAGCCGUUGCAUGCGCAACAUCAGGCCGUUAAUUAUGGUGAUCACGAUCCGGAGGAUGCGCGACGACGUCAUCAUGCAGCAGCCGCCGCAGCUCUCGCCGUGCCCACUGGCAGCAGUCCCAAGAAUCAUCAUCAUCAGCAACAGCCGCAACAACAGCAACAGCAGCAGCAGCAACAUCAUCAUCAUCACCACCAACAACCACCGCCGCCGCCGCAGCAGGUGCAGGUGCAGCCGUCACAGCAGACGCCACACUAUCAGCCGCCGCCGCCACAAGCCCAGCCACAGCUACAGCCGCAGCCCAGCAUCAAAUACGAGCCGGGGCAAUCUCAAAAGAAACGCAUUCUGGCCAUGGCGCAGAGCGAGUGCAACUAUCAACCGCAGCCGCCGCCGCAGGUGCAGAUACAAGUGCAACAGCAACAACAGCAGCAGCAAGCACCGCCGCCGCCGCCUGUAGUCAGCCUGCCGCAUAUUCCAACCAAGCAGGAGCCAGCCGAAUUCUAUCCGGAUUAUCCACCCCAACAGCAGCCGCAGCUGCAACUGGAAACGAAGCGCAGCUCUUGGGCAGCUGGUUCGAGUGCAGGCGCCAUGCCGCUGGCACAUCCCAAGCGCGAGGCGCCCUCUGUGGCGCCUGUUAACUAUGUGGCACCCACUGUUGCACCACCGUUGGCCCACUCGAAGAGCAGCUCGAGCGGCUCCUCAUCGAUCAGCGCUGCGGCUGCUGCAGCUGCGGCAGCUGCUGCCGCUGCAGCCAGCGUCGGUCCACCGUCGUGGGGUCCACCCCAGGUCUAUCGCCAGCCAUCGCAGCCUCCGCCAGCGUCGGCAUCUGCUGGUGGUGGUGGUGGAGGUGGAAGUGGAGGUGGUGUUGCCCCACAGCCAUCCGCUGGGCCGCCACAUCAUCAUCACAGCAGCCACAGUCAUCAUCAUCAUCAUCAGGCGGGCACGCCGCUGGGCGGCUCACCGUCAUCGACAGCCGCUGCUAUGUUGCAGACAGACAUAUAUGCACAGGGCGAUAUGUAUCGAAGACCCACCGUCUAUGUAUCCCAGGCAGCGCCCACAUACGCCUAUGCGAACCGAGCGGUGGUUGCCCCACCACCAGCCCACAAUAGCUCCAGCCGACAGGUCAUACCAUCCCAUCCGCUGCCGGCUCACAUUCAAAUCCCCACACAGUAUAGCCAAUUCGGACCAUUGAGUCCCGCCCAGGUAGCUGCCAGCAAGCAUGCGGCGCACUUUGCGCCCACCAACAUAUGGUAUGGUGCUGAGUAGCUUGCUGAAGUAGGGUGCACGAGGGUUGACGCGAGGAUGCCAGAGGCCACCACUGACAAGAACAACAACCAGAACAACAACUACAACUACAACUACAACAAGAACACAGCUUCCUUUCCUAACUAAUCACACACAGAGCGUAGAACUUGAUUACUUGAUUGAUUGAUUGAUUGAUUGAUGCUCGAAUCUUUUGUGGCCUCGGUUGAUGGCGGCGACAGCAACAACAACAACUGCAACAACACUAACAACUUUGAGGAGCAGCAGGAAUUGCAGAGGCUGCAGCUGACGCAAUGCUGGUGGUUUAUGAUGCUCAUGCAGCAGAGCAUCAUACAGUACAACAGUAACAUGUUGCAAGAGACAGGCGCAACAACAACGACGACGACGACGACGACGACAACUACUACAACAACAACAAUAAGUGUUGCACGCAACAAGAGUUGCCGCAAACGUUGAAAUCGUUUUAAGUUGUUUUUUUUUUUAAUUUCGUCAAUACUUAAGAUUGUCGAUUUUUCAUUAAUUCAAUUGCGAAUUACGAUUGAUUAAUUUAAAUUAAGAUUUCCAAUUUUUUUCCAUUUUAAAUAACAUAAUGUUAAGCAUUUUCUACGCGCAGUUUGUCGUGUAAAGUGCAACAGCUUACAUACACAUAUGUAAUUAACACACACACACACAACAUAAUCGAGCGAAAAUUGAGAGAUUUUCCAAAAGCAAAAGAAGAAAAAACUAAAGCGUUUCACUAUGUGUGUUGUAUAUUUUUAUUAGAACUGCAAAGUGCAUACUAUAACUAUAUAUGUUUAUAAUAUAUAAGAGUACGCUAAAUUAUGUAUUCGAUAGAAACUUAUGAUACUAAGACAUGCAGACACCCACACACACAUACAUAUAUGUAAAA